AUGGGUGCAGCUGAGGAGGCGGAAGCAUCGCUCCGCGCUCAAUGCGACUCCUUGAGGUAUUACUAUCAGUGCCUUUUGUUCCCAGUAUUUUGAUGCGCUUCCACCUUCGAGCCAAUUCUGGUGCAAUUCGAUAAGGGUAACCCUAUCCAUGAGUCUAGUUUGGUACAGGUUGCGGGUGUCACCAUCACAGGAGCAAGGAAACGAAUGCAAGGGGCUUCCCCGUUCUAGACCAAACGGACUAGGCUCCGCAAAUGCCAUAGGCCAAGAGUUUCCGACUUUGGGCGACAGUUCUUGGCGCCAUGGCCUGACGCGUUCAGAGGGGGGCGAAGUUGUGCCGCUCAGAUCGAGGCGCCGGCGUCUGAAAGUCUUCCAGCGUGCGGCGUCUGGGACUGGUUUGGUUUUGGUAUAUUUCUGGCGGUUACUUCAAUGCGUCAGAAAUGAACCCAGGCCGCAACUGUCCUCGAAAAGCGUCAGGCCAGACACCUUGCGGGGGUACUCGCUUCUCUUGGAGCAAGCUCAGCCGUGCACGAAGAACACAGAGGGGGACUCUCGUAGUCGUAGGUCUGGGGCCCUCGCGUUCUUGCGCGGUGCAUGUAAACCAAAGAGAUUGAGACGAAGAACGCGAAAGACCUAAGGGAGAGCUGGGGCGGUAAUCGUGUAAGAGUAGCUGGGGCUGUACCUGUAGCGGUAGCGCUAGCAGUUGGCCACCAAAUGAAUAGCGUCGACCUCGCUAGAUGUCGAGAAGGGAAGGCGAGAAGCCAGGCUAGGACUAAAGACGACCGCGCGCACACUCUCCGACCAACUACACCUAUAGGCUUUUUUUUCUCUUUUUAAUUUAGGAGCCUGCUGAUUUUUAGUAGUCUAUUACCAGGUGACUAGUAGGCGACUACUAGGUGACUACUAGGCGACUGCUAGGUAAGUAGUAAGUUAGUUAGUAGGCGAAUCGUGGCUCAUUGGUAGGUGAUUAGUGGGCAAGCAGUAUUUUCAUGAAAAUUCUCGGUUUUUUGUUGUAGUCGGUUAUUCAUCGGUUAGGACGUUCUUACAAUUGGUUACUCAUCAGUGGGGACGUUAUCGCAGCUGGAUAUUACUAUUUAUAGUAUUAGCAAUUGCGUUCGCGUUGGUGUUGGACCAUUCGAACACAGACUGUAAAGCCGCGCGUAGUUUCUCACUGAGAAACGCUUGAGCUCGAUACAGAUUGCACUUACAGCCUGAGACAGAGACUAAUGAUCUCUGGCUGCUUUGAUCCCUGUGGAUGUUCGUUGGGGUUGCAAGGGGAGGAAGUCUCAGCUUCUUCGUUGGGAUACCAUGAUGGGGAAGCUCUCAUAUGCUUCAUAUGGGAGCGCCUAUGCUAUCAUCAUUGACUCAUACGAUUAUCCUACAUCGAUUCCCAUCAUUGACCAGAACUGACAAAACGUUAUGAACCUGAUUACAGCUAUGAGCAUUCGUUUUCUCUGCUAUCUGAGUACGUUGGUGGUCCUUUGACUGUUGAUCGUUGAUUUUGGAACCAUAUGCGUUUAGGUCUGUAGGUUAUCUUGGAGGCCUUUCCGGUGUUGCUUUGUCCUUGACUGUGUUGAGAGACUUGAAACGACAAACGAGAGAGAGAGGAGAAACCGCCGACACCCGCGCCAACUAAGGCCAACGCGUUGAGAGUGGUGCCGGUGGGUACCUUGUUCGCCUGGCGAUCUUGGUCAUUUCGUUGAUCUUCAUCCUUCUGAUCUUGGUGGAUCUUUGUGAUAUUUCAAGGAUUUACGACCAUGACCAAAACCAUCGCUGCGUGUCGAAGUCCCUAGUCUCUGGACUCAAAGGGAGUGUAGAGCCAAGUCUCCUCCACUAGAGUUCUGCCGUGUUCUUGCAGGUGUGCUAACGACUUAAAGAGAGUAGACAAGUGCUGCAGGUGAGUCUUUUCUGUUCUGGCUUGUAGGUUUUCCUGGGUGCUCGGUGGCGUGUCAAGCUAGUUGCUAGUCGUCGGACUCUUCUUCUUUCGGUAGUUGCUCUCUGGUUACUAUGGUUGCAUGUUAGUGCCUGGUGUGAGCCUCUGAAGAGGUGUGUGAGUAGUGCCCCUUCCCUUAAAAAGUGGCUCUCCCUGGAAAACGGUCUCUGUGUCUGCUACUAGUGAAGAAGAACCCCUGUAGAAAACGAGCUGGGAGCACUAGAAAACGGGCUGGAAGUACUCACGCUGUAGGUGUCGCGCUGGAUGCUUUUCUGGUGGCAGUGGAGGCGGUCUGGACUACUUAGUGGGGUGCGAGUAAGGGGGUAAGUGAGAAGCUAAGUCGUCGCGUGUGCUCCAUGGUGGUUAAGGCUUUUAACCUGGUGUGCUACUUGGUGGCUGUGGUGGCCUCUAGUUCCUGUCGCUACUCUUGUGGGAAAGGGCUUGCUAUUCCUGAGCUUCAGGCAGUUCUUUCUGCUUGGUUCUGGGGCUAGUAGUCAAUGUUAAGUGAACAGGAAAGUGCGUGUGUACUUUUCUGAAGGGUGUGCACUCAGACUGUCCCUUUCUGGUGGGAAGUGUUUUAAAGUAAAGGGUAGAAAGAAAGCAGGCGGUGGCAGCCUGGGUCUUUAAGGUGAAAAAGUUAGUUAAGCCUGGCGACGAACUACCGAUAGCGCGAUGGUGCCUUCUGGCAUGGUUGCUGCUUUCGGUGGGAAGUUUUUGUGUUGGUGGAAGGCGUCUAGCGCGGUCUGAGCUGCUGCUUUUCGGCUCUUGGGUAAAUGGCACUACUGCUGAAUAUCAGGCAGUGCCACGACCCUCUGGUCGUGGUUUCUCUUCUCUUAUAGCGAAAGUUCUGGCCUCACUACUGCUGAGUAACAGGCAGUGCCUUGAUCUUCGGGCCUUGGCUGUUGGCGAAAAAGGUUUGGCACUACUGCUGAGUAUCAGGCAGCUCCCCUGAAGCCCUAUGUCAUAGUAAGCACCUGACUCCCUACGGGUGGACGGGAUGCGACAUUUGGUCUCGUAGGUUUCGCUUUGGUCGCACAGCUUCGGUAGUGCCCUAUAGUAUGACCUCUUGACUGCAGUGGUGGACUUUAUCCCUAGUCUCUGGACUACCACGGAAGUCAUAUCCCCUAACUGUUCGUCUAUGGCUACGGUGUACUUGUCUAGAAACCAAAGUAAACCAGUAUUGAACUAGCUGGCCACUUCUCCGGGGCGAGCACAGGACGGGCCGGGCCCUUCCUCUGGGUCGCCGUGUCUUACCUCGUAUCCAGGCCUUGCCCGGCGGCUUCACAGCAUGGAUGCCGUUCCUCGGCUCUCCCAGUGGCGGGCGUGUCGAAUUCUGACAUCAGUCGGAUUCGAACCCUGCGUCAUUCAGAUCCGGAGAAACUGAACCGAGACACUUAGCCACUAGGUGAAAUGGCUACGCUUUUUGUAAGUUAAAUCAUUAUAGUUGACUUCGUUUAUCGGGUUAUCUAUAUGGAGAAGUAGUAGUCUACGUUGAGACGAGCUACGUUCUAGCUUAGUUAAGCCAUCAAGUUGGGCGGGAAACUAUCUCACUCGCCGCGUCACGCACUCGCAAGUAGUGAAGUGUAUGAUGGCGACUCUUCGGGCGUGUGUCAAUUGCUUUAGCUGUUGCGAUCUCGGAUUGGUUGUCGAUCCAGAGCACAGCAUUGUCUAAAGAGGGAGACAGGCCGUUCUGUGUGUGCACCAACUGAGUUGGUAGAGGCUUAGAGAAGUCUGUAAAGUCAUGCAGUCCACUAAGGCUAAGCGCAAGCGUCUCAGAAGCUGCAAUAUAUUCACUUUCAGCCGUAGAAUAGGCACGGACAGCUUGCCGAUUACUUCUCCAAGCGAUUGAAACGCCUCUGAAAUACAUGAUCGAUCCACUUGUGCUUCUCAUAUUCUUUACGCAGGUGGCGAAGCCUGCAUCACUAAAGAUAUGCACCUCUGGCCUAUCUCUGCCUUCAGGUGCUAACUUUGAAUAGAUCUCAUCUUGUUGAGUUCUUCUUCUUGUUCUGGUGAGUAUUCCAGUCCUUGUUCUCUCGUUGUCACCAGAUACUUCAGCACUUUUCUGGCUGCUUUAACCAUUCUUGUUGACGUGGGUUGGCUGACAUGUCUAGCCAACGCCGCCACCGGUACAGAGAUGUCCGGGCGCGCGGUCACAGCUACCCAUAGCAAGGCACCAACUACCCCACGAAAGGGAUACCCGUCGACUAUCUUGAUCCCCUCCUCAAGAAAAGCCGACUCGUCAAAAUUGGGCGAGUAAACCGGGCUCCCGACUUGGGUUUCGUAUUUCUUUGCAAUUUUAUCAGUGUACUCUUCCACGUUGAGUCGAAACGUUCGAGCUUCACGGCAGUAGUACACGAUGGCACAUAAGAAGUCGAACCUUAGCCACGCUUGACCCCAAGGGGUUGGAACGGACUCCACAUCAAUCGCACGGCCAGGGGCACGCGAAAAGAUGGGUCUUAGUUCAGUCUUGAGCCCAUCGAGAUCAGGACCCGUUGCAAGAUUGUCAUCGGCAUAGACUGACACCUUGAGGAACUUCCCAGGUACUUUCGCGCUCGGCUUUCUCCAUAAGCCUGGAGCAGAAUCACACGGCUCCCAGCCAAUAUUGGCUAGCAUGUCGUGAUAUUUCUUGAACCAUGCUCGUGGCGCGUCUUUCAGGCCGUAUAGGGCCUCCUUGGGCUUCACGGUCUCGCGUCCAUGCUUCUCUGCCCAGAUGGGUGGGAGACGACAGAAGACAUCGCGAUCGAGUUCAGCACUGAGGAACGCAGAAUCUAAAUCGAACGGGAUCGCAUAGUCCUGCUCUGACGCAGCAGAAGUCAGGGGCAACCUAUUAGCGGCGUGGGAAACUACGGGAGCAAAGGUGUUUGGCUCUUCUGAUCGAUCUAGAUUACCGAGGACACAAGCGCGAGCCUAGUAUCUUCCACAUCUUUUGAUAGUUAGAAUUAUGGCAAUUCGCCACAUUGCCUCGCGUCUGGGAGUUGGAUGGUCGAGCGCCCGCGCUCCCUCUUGAACUUCCUGAUCCGGAUUCUCCAUCUCCAGUCGACAUUCAGGGCGCACCUUAAACGGGACCCCGACUCGGGGCAUCUGCAGACUAAGAGGCUGCCUAAGGGAUUUAAAACGCUUAUCGGCACGUAUCGAGUUGGGCCCGACUCUCUUCCAGAGGACGAAGUGCUGCUUCCGGAUGAUGCGGCUGCCAGCCCGGAAGAGGUGCAGCAAGGUGAUACUUCUCCACAUGGAUCCGAAGCUGAUGGAGUUUUCGGAGACCAGGAUGAGGCAUUUGCAGGGGAUGUCGAGGACGAUUUGUUUGCAGACUUUGCGCUCACCGCACGUCUGAAGAAGAGUAUGCGUCUAAACUCGUUUAGACGGUGUUCAUUUUUGGAGACAAGAAAGACCUCCACACCAUCUUAGCGACUUAUUGAAGUGCAUCAUCUUGAGUAAGUAGUUAUGGGCCCGGAGUGAGAAGACCCAUAAAGCUCCAUAAAUUAUUUGGUUAUAAGGCUUCGCGCUUUGAUAGUAUUCGUUAUUAGUGCAUGUGAGAGCACAUUUAUUGAAAGCUGGCUGGUCGGUUUCCUUUUCGCGUCUUAAGAGCGCAUUUCUCGUUUCGCGAGAGUGGUCUUGCGACCAUCGUCUCUUUUCAUUCCUUGUCUGGAAUUGUCUCGAUGCAUUCUUUGACGGGCCAUCACCUUUGUGAGGGUGGCGGUUUUGUUGUUUUGUCUUUAGGCAUUCCCUUCCAGCCACACUCCGAGUGCCAGCAAGGGAUGGCCCUUUUUUCGUUCGUACUGUGAGGUCUCCUUAGGCUUAGCGCGUUGGCGAGCUAAGCCACGGUGACACUGUUCUUUCUCUAGACGUUGUCAGCAGCAUGGCAUAGGGUCUCCUCGUUCUGGGUGGUGUCGCGUCGGGCUGUGCCAGCGUGGCCGUGCCCAUAUUUAUGCCGCAUUGAUUAUGAUCUGUUCUCCCUCCCAUCGGCGGGAUGGCUCUUCGGAUCUGAGUACUCUUCGAGUACACGACUGGCGUGGUCCUUCGUCGCUGACAACACAGCAAUAGACAUCAUAGUGCGCCUUGAGUGUCACUCUCUUCCACCUUGAAACUUAGCCUACACUUGGCGCAAAAAAUGAAUAUGCGUCUAAACUCGUUUAGACGGUGUUCAUUUUUGGAGACAAGAAAGGCCCCCGCAUCAUCUUAGCGACUUAUUGAAGUGCAUCAUCUUGAGUAAGUAGUCAUGGGCCCGGAGUGAGAAGACCCAUAAAGCUCCAUAAAUUAUUUGGUUAUAAGCCUUUGUGUUGGACCAUUCGAACACAGACUGUUAAGUCGCGUCUAGUUUCUCGGUGAGAAACGCUUGAGAGUGAUACUGUUUGCACAAUUUGCACUCACAGCCUGAGACUAAUGAUCUCUGGCUGCUUUGAUCCCUGUGGAUAUUCAUUGGGGUUGCAAGGAGGAAGUCUCAGCUUCAUCAUUGGGAUACCAUGUUGCAUGGGGAAGCUUUCAUAUGCUUCAUACGGAAACGCUUAUGCUAUCAUCAUUGAUUCAUACGAUCAUCCUACUUUGAUUCUCAUCAUUGAUCAGAACUUGACAAGACGUUAUGGACCUGAUUACAGCUAUGAAACAUUCAUCAUUUCUUCUAUCUGAAUACGUUGAGGGUCCUUUGCCUGUUGAUCAUUGAUUUUGGAACUAUAUGCAUUUAGGUCUGUAGGUUAUCUUUGAGAUCAUUCCGGUGUUGUUUUGUCCUUGACUGUAUUGGGAGGCUUGAGCCACAAACGAGAGAGAGAGGAGAAACCGCCGACACCCGCGCCAACUAAGGCCAACGCGUUGAAAGUGGUGCCGGUGGGUACCUUGUUCGCCUGGUGAUCUUGGUCAUUUUGGUGAUCUUCAUGCGUCUGAUGUUUGUGACAUUUCAUGACUGUGACCUUGACCAACACUUUGUGCUUUAAUAGUAUUCAUUAUUAGUGCAUGUGAAAGAACACAGUGCGGGAUAAGGACUUCAAAAGAUUUUGGGACUUUCAUUAAAAACCGACCAUCCAUCCCCUACGCACCGCCAGAUCAUAGCGAGGCUCUUUGGUCGAGACUACGGCCAAGAUCGCCCUCCAUUGGUCGGCAGGAGUGUAGGAGUAGUCUCUUACUGCGCAGAAAAGUGAAGUGUUUACUUUUCUUUUCUUUCGUGUUCUUCGGAGCAAAUUUAAGCGUGGCAAAUGCAUCCAAGUCAUGCGAGACGUUUUUUUUUUUAAGAGAGAGUCGCGCAGUUCCUGUUGUGCGAGUGCAAGCUCGGUUUUCUAGUGAGCGCAGUGCGAGCGGCUACUUCUACGCUACCGCCCAGUGGAGGACCUGUUGUGUAUUACUGAUCGCGUAGCAUUUCGGUAAAAUUGCGAAGUGCAUCUUUGGGAGCCCCAUACCCCGAAAAAUCUUGGAUAGCUAAAAGCUGGGUUGUGUUAUUACAAAAAUGCGGAAAAUUGAAUGAGACAAGUCGUUUAUUGUUGUCGAAGGAUAGCCAUGUAAAGUGGUGUGAAGACUCUGAUGAGUAUAGGACUUACAGGCGGCAUUAGGAAGGUUGUUGACCGGAGAAGAUGGCAGAAAGAUACUCUAAGAAGCUCAUAAGAUCAACUGCGGCUGACGCAGUAGGUUACUUAGGCCGCAUUGCGGAAGACCUUCAAAGUGGAGCAAUGAGAGAGUCGCAUCAGGUCGCUGAGGAUAUAAGCCUCGACCUCAUCGCGUCAGGGUAUCCGACGGAGUCUUCCUUAACGGAUGGCGAGAAGCUCUUAGAUGAGCUGGCACCGUGGUCAUUCGUACCGGCUAGGAACGAGGGCGACUCCGCUUUCUUCCCGCGGACAGGAACAAAAGUAGUGGGCUUGAAGAUUAUAUAUCGUUACUGCGGGAACUAAGUAGAAGGUUCUACACUGAAGACGAGUGUGCGUGGGAAAUAGUUUUGUUUGGGGGUGCCACUCAUGGGCCUAUAAGGUGCCCUCCAGGUUGGGAAAAUAGAAGCUACAAGUGUGACGAUGAUCACCGGGACAAAAUUGAAAAAAGGCGCAAAGUUAGUUCUUUUCUGAAGGCAAAGAAGCCGAAAGUGGAGGAGGAAGCAUGGCCGCUAAUUUGGGACGUUGCCCAGAAGGAUGUAGAAAGAGGGUUGCUGGAGCCUUUUAUCGAAAUUAAGGACGUUCCUAGUGCCGUGCGUUUUCUCAUACCUAGACUCGCAAUUUUCCAGAAGACCAAAUGCCGCAUGAUCGAUGUUGACGCGAGGACUUUUAAUUUCUCAGCUUCUUUAACUAACAAAAAAGACGCCACUACCUUCCCCCCUUGAGGCACUGGCGACCGCCACGGCGGUAGCCAGAAUUUCAGCCGACCCCUCAUUGUCGGCAUCAAGUAUUUCCAAUUUUGUUUCUAAUCCCAGAAAGCGCAAGAGCGCCUAUUCUUUUAGUAAGCCGUUGACACUUACGGACUCUUUUAGUGCGGCAGUGUUUGAACGUUAUGCAGGUCCAGACUUAGGGAUCGAGAUGGUUAAGGACACAGCUAGCCUGGUCGACGGGAUAGCUGUGGAUAUAGAGGGUGCAUACAAGACAAUCGGCAUAGCCGAUGGCCAUCAGGAUCAGAAUUAUGUGGCUAUUUGGUCUCCUAGUUGUGAGCGGUUUGUUGCGGCGCGGGCUAAUAGUCUCUUAUUCGGGAGUACCCGCAGCGUUGUGUGUUGGGUCAGGGUGGCGCUCCUGCUUAAAUUCAUCAUGAUUCGGCUCUUUAGGGUGCCUAUGAGCGUGCUUAUUGAUGGUUUCCAUUCUUUUGCCAAGUCGGGGCUUGGCGAGAGAGUUUUGCCUUGCAUUUGUAAACUGUUGACUGUUUUAGGUUGGGGCUUUAAGUUAGAAAAAUUGGAGUGCUCAGGGGUGCAGAUUCUACUCUUAGGCUUGCUUUUCAACUUGGAAGCGAAGCCAUCGGUCAGCAUCGCCCCCGAGCGAGCGGAUGCCUAUAGAAGCUUAAUCAGGAAGCGGCUUGAUGAUGGGACCUUGUCCCAAAAUCAAGCCGCCGAGAUUUACGGUAAGCUUAGUUUUGCGUUCUGCGCGUUGGUUGUGCGACCGUAGACUCCAUCCGUUGCUUCGUCCGUUAGUCGGGCGUAUGUACGACUUCCAUGGGAAUAGCGAGAUGACGAAGUCACUGGCCGAGUGCCUUAGGAUUUGUUAUGAAAUUCUCCCGCGCGUGCCGCCUCGGUCGUUGUUUGCUUCUAAGUUCAGACUUCUAGUGUAUACAGAUGCCUCGUGGCAGCGGGGUAGGGCGGGGCAUCUUGCGGGUGUGUUGGUGGACCUUUUUAACGUCACCAACCACCAAGAUCCUAAAGGACUGGGCGUUUUAAAGUUUUGGAGACUGAAAGUUUGUAAAGAACAAUUGCAUAGCUCGUUUUGUCGUUUUCCGAUUAACGUUCUUGAGGCUGUUGCCCCGCUUAUUUCUAUGUUUGUUUGGUGUGAUUUAUUCAAGAACGCAAGGGUAGAAGUUUUGACUGAUAACAAUAGUGCAAAGGGUUGUUUAGUGAGGAUGAACAGUGGGAAAAUGCAUAUGAGUACUAUGGCUUUUGAAUUUUGGCGCUUUUGUUCACUACAUAACAUUAGUCCACUUCUUGACGGAGUUCCGUCGGAGGAGAAUAUCAGUGAUCUACCAACUAAGGACCACCUUUUCGAUUUUUUUGUACAUUUUUUUUGCACAGAAGAGGUUAAAAAUACAGGGGAGCUACUAGAUAAGGUUAGUAAGGUGCUUAAGCUUGUGGCGCAGUGGAGUGAUGUUUUCAUGGAUGAUAGCGAUUGCAAAUUGAAAGAAAAUGGCGAGUGAGUCGCGUGUAGUAGUUUGAUCCCCUUAGUAGUGCGUAGCUUUUGAACGACGCGAGCAUUUGGAAUAGUGAGUGUAACCUUUGAGUUUUGGGCCUUCAUGGUAUGGCUUUUUUUGAUGACCAUCUUCAUGAUUUUGCUAGCGAAGAAGCAUUCGUGGAGAGCUUUCUCAGGAUUGCAAGUGAGUGGUUCCCUGCAGGAAAAGGAGUAGUGGAUUGUUAAAAUCGCGAAUGUCGCGAUAGUGAGUUGCUGUAAGUGAGUCAAUUGCAUCACUAGAAAAGGAAUAAGAGUGAGAAAAUAGAUGCAAGAUUAGUCGAGUGGUAGUGAGACUGAGAGAGAGUUUGUUGGGAAGGAUGCCUUGAGUAGUUUGUCGCCACCGUUGGCGCUUGAGUGCAUAAGAUGGCGGGCCACGAUUUAGAAGCAGCCUUUGCGACGAUGGUCGCGGGCGGCUAGCAAUGCUGAUCGACCAGAUCAGCGCAAAGCGAACUUGGUGAAGCAGUCUUGCCAGACUGCUUUUGGUGUUGCCAUUGCGGCAACUUCGGAGGCAGAGACUAAAGCUGUGGAGAAGGCGCGUAUGAGCGGGCCCCUUCGUCGUUUUUCUUAUUUUCUUAAAAAUUAUAAAAUCUCGCUUCUCUGUUCCAUCCAUGUAUCCCUGUCUCUUCACUUUCGGGCUGUUAGGACUUAGAUCAAAGACGACGAAACUAAAGCUGUAGCAGCUCAGUAGUAGCUUUGAGGGUUUUGGUAUAGUUACGUAAUUUAUGCGCAAAAAUAAAGGUGCUUGCGCGAGCGCUUUUUCUCCGGAUCCGCUGAAAAUAUCACAACUAUGGCACUUCGUGGCGCAGUGAUCGUGCGCUUGUUGGGCGCGUACAUUCCGCCGGCUAUUGAGCAGCGUGACGAGGAAGGUAGCGUGUUGGUGGCUGCUCAGCCCGCAGUAAUCGACGCUGAAGGAGUUCAAGAAGCAAAUCGCUUAAGUUCUGACUUGUUGCAGGUGCUUUUUAAAAGUUGCUUGAUGACCGAGAUGAUUUGACGUGGGUACUUAGCAUUGAUUGGUCGUGCUUCAAAUUUGUGCAUAAGGGAAAGCUCUCUUUUUAAGAAGUGUAGGAUUGAUAAGUGAGAAGCAGACUUAGUGUGCAUGUUGCAAAAUCAUAUACUACAUUUUAGGUUUUCGGGAAGCCGGAAUUCGUCCGCGAAGCCACCCCGCAGAUGGUGAAGACUGCGGCUGGACAGGUGUACAAGGGCAAGAUGUCUAGAGUAGCAGGGGUUAUGCCGAUCGCCGGUCGCAAUUAUUACGAGCGGACUCAUGCGUUUUAUCAGAUCGAUGACGCUUGGGGACGCCCUGGAAACACAGUCGGACUCGUAAGCUUUAAAGAAGUAAGCUUGCAUCUUUUUCGAUUUAGAAAGUUUAGAUUUUCAAACUUUAAGUGUAUGUGUGUGUUUGACGAUAUUAAGGAGCUCCUCUCUUAAAAAGUUAGGAAAAAAAGAACUGGCUGUCGUGCUAGUUCUUAGUCGAGUUUUCUUAUUAAACAAAAUUACAGCGUGAAAACUGCUAG